UCAAGUGAAGCGUGCAUAAGAACUAACAACUCGACUACUGCUGUGCCUUUUCGUAUGGAACUAGCCCUCAUUUUCCAACUCAUUCAUCACAUUUCGGCUCACAGACCAUUGCGCCUCGUAGGGCUCAUGCGGCUGAUGGGAUUCGCCUGGCCUGGAACAGCGGCUUCACACCCGUCAGUCCUAGUGUAGUGCUCUUUUCUCCUUCUUCUGGGCGAGCUUCCAUUUUGACUCGCUCACACAGACACACACUCAACUUCGCCCACACGACACACGCCCGCCGUAACCCAAACUAAACACAAAGGGAAGGGGGAGCUAUAAAUAAUAUUUUCCGUCUCUUCAAAUCAGCUUUUGAGGAAACAGGCACGAUGAGCUCUACCGGGGGCUCGCAGCGCGCGAGCGAAGUCAACAGCGCCAUGCUCAACGUCCCGGGAUAUGCAGACGACACGAUGCUCUUCAUGAUGCGAUGGGGAAGCCUGGCCCAGGCGACGCUACGUAAAGUCGACUAUGACGAAUUCCUCGUCCGCCUGUCGGCCCUGAACACACAUUGGUUUGCCAGCCAGAGAAGCCAGAGCACAAGCGGAAGCCCCGUCAGCGUCGUCGGCACCCGCGGCAGCGGCCAAGGCGACGACGGAGGUCCCAAAGCAGAAGCGGCGGCGGCAACAGUAGCAGCAGCACGAGCAGCUGGAGUGACAGCAGAAGCGGCUACUACUACUAGCUGUGAGGAUGACAGAGACGGAGGAGGCGUCCAUACAGGCGACGAUGAUGAUGCCGUGGAUCCGCCCCAGGCCGGCGACAAGGCCGCUGAGCUCAAGGCCCGGACGCUGGAGCUGAUUCAGGACUUUCCGCAGCUGGUGCGCGAUUUUGAUAAAUUUGUCGACUGUACAAGGAUCAUGGCGACCAAGUAUGGCAGGGCACCAGUGUAAAGAUCAAAUGUCGUGAUGGAUACGAGUAGGCAGUACUACAGUACUAGGUAGUAUAAGCGGUAUAAAGCAAAAGGCACGCAGAGAAAUGUACAUACUUUGCAUGUACUAACGAGAGUCGAGAGUCUGUGGUAACGUUGGAAUCAGCUUAUCAAGUGGUGCCAAAUUGCUUCAUUAAACAGCCAGCGUUCUAGGCGCCUAAAAUAAAGACAGGGAUCAU